UAUGGCGGCGGCCAUACGCAGCCUGCAGAGUGUCCGAAGCAAAAACAUGGUUCCGUCUUUGGUUGUAAUUCUCGGGGCGACCGGUACAGGAAAAUCAAAACUCGCCAUUGAAAUUGGAAAACGACUAAAUGGAGAAAUUAUAAGCGCCGACUCCAUGCAGGUGUAUCAAGGUCUAGAUAUCAUCACUAACAAGGUCACAGCGGAGGAGAGUGCUCAGUGCCGACAUCACAUGAUCAGCUUUGUGGAUCCUCUGGUGUGCGACUACACUGUGGUGGACUUUCAGAAUAAAGCUUUAGCUUUAAUAGAUGAUUUGCACAACAGAAAGAAGCUUCCCAUCAUUGUAGGCGGAACCAACUAUUACAUCGAAUCCCUCCUGUGGAAAGUCCUCUUGGGAAAUAGGAAUGCGUUGGAAAAGACCGCGCUAGGAACAAAAAGUGCCCAAAAGCGUAAACUGGAUCUUGAACAGCUGGAUGGCGGUGAGCUGCACAAACGACUGUUGAUGGUUGACCCAGAAAUGGCAUCGAUGUUGCACCCGAAUGACAGGCGCAAGAUCUCCAGGAGUUUACAAAUCUAUGAGGAAACAGGAGUUCCUCAUAGUCACUGGCUAGAGGAGCAGCGGGGGCAGGAGGGUGGUACAGAGCUGGGAGGCCCACUCCGAUUCCCAGACUCUUGCAUCCUAUGGCUGCAUGCUGACCUGCAAGCUCUCGAUCAGCGUUUAGAUGCCCGCGUUGAAGAAAUGUUGUCCACCGGCUUGAUAGAAGAACUCAGAGAUUUCCAUGUGCGCUUCAACCAGCGGACAGUCCAGGGUGAGAGGCAGGACUACCAGCUCGGGAUUUUCCAGUCCAUUGGUUUUAAGGAGUUUCAUGAAUACCUGACUGCCCCUGAAAGCAGUACCCAGCAGGAGAAAGAUGCACUCCGGGAAAAAGGAAUAGAAGCUUUGAAGAUUGCGACUAAACGUUAUGCCCGCAAACAGAACACUUGGGUUCGUAACCGUUUUCUGAAAAGAGACAACGUGCCAGCGGUGUAUGGCCUGGAUGUGACGGAUGUGUCACGGUGGGAGGAGACAGUUUUGAACCCUGCCCUUCAGAUACUGGAGUCCCAUUGUAAGGGUGAGAAGCCCACAGUUGUGCCGAUGGCAAGACUGCCGGGAGAGAAGAAGAACCGGAGAAGCUACAACACCUGUGAAAUGUGUGACCGUGUUAUCAUCGGUGACCUGGAAUGGAAAGCUCACCUGUCUUCUAAGAAGCAUCGCUUUCAAGUGAAGAAGAGGAGGAGUGCUCCUGAGAGUUCUACUGCGGCGUCCGCAGCAAACGGGACAGAAACAAAUGUCCCUGAGGAUCCCGGUCUUGCUGAGGCAGGACAUCCAAAGUCACUGUCCCUGGAUGAGGUUCCAGCGUCAAAACAGGAACGGACUGAAGGCUAGGUCAUGUCAUGUUUGGGUUUUACUUUGACUCAUCACGCAUGAAUAAGCAGGAUACAAUUCAUGUGCGGUAGAUUUCAACGUCAUUUUUAGUUUCGGGAUGGUGUGAGAUAAUUUUUUUUCUACUCGGUCAGUAAGUGGGCAGAUUCUUCCUGACUUAAGAAGCAAUGAAAAAUGAUGUGUUGCUGCGAAAUAUAUGUUUAUUAUCAAUGUUUAAACAGGGCACACUUACCAUGUACAGUAUCAUGUUGACGUUAUGUUAUUUGCAUCGGGAAAAUAAUGCCAUCCUUCCAGUCAUAUAACAGAUCUAAUUUAUAUAUUCAUCCGUUACUCUCUUCUAGCAUAGAGAGAUCUGUGCUACCUUUUUAACAGAUGAAGGAAUAUUUUUGGAUAUAUUUAACCUUCUGGUUUCAUUGAAUGAAAAUAAUAA